AUGGCCGAUAUUUCAUCCAAGAAGCUCGAGCACGAGCAACAACAAUACGAACAACACAUGGAGAUGUCCAAUCCUCCUCCACCAGCAUAUUCUGAACAGCAGCAACAACAACAAGCACAAUUCAAUAAUGAUGCGACAUCAAAAUACCCCCCACAAGCAUACCACAUCCAAUAUCCCACGCUAACCCUACAAACCGAAAACACCAAACUCCUCGGCACAGCCCUACGCAUCUACGACCUGACCAAUCCGUCAAAAGACCUAUUCAAUGUCAAAGUAAACGCCUUCAGCAUGAACCUCCACUUCUUUCGGCCCAACGACAGAAAGCAAGAAUUCGCAUCCGUCAAGUUCCACCAAUUUUCCAUGAAAAUGGAUGUUGUCCUACCGGAUACGCCGAUGUUUACGAUUGGAGUCAAGAUGAAACGGAACUAUGAGAUGUCGUACCCUUCUCCCGCGCUGGGAGGGCAGAUGGUGACCUGGAAGACGAGUUAUCAUUGGAAGACGAUAGAUUUCGAGUAUAGAGAUGCUUCCGGGGUGAUGCUUGCGCGCAUCAAAGCGAGUAAUUUCAAAUGGAAGAAGAUGAGUCAGGUUGAGUUUUUUGGGGAUGCCGCCACAAAUCAGAGGCUGGUGGAGGAGGUUGUGGUUACUGGGGCGGCGAUUUUGGAGUAUGUACUUGUUAUGAACGCUUGUACUGUGGCUGCUUCUUAG